CACGUCACGCCCCUAUAAGUCAUCCCCCUUUCCACCCAGGAUAUCACAUAUACUGGAAAAAUGGCGACCAGUUUACUGCGGCUCCCGCUGCGACUUUCUAGCAGAAAUACGGGGAUAAUGACCCGUAACCCCGGCUUGAAAACAUCAAACAUAUCCAGGACGACUCAAAGCAGGACCGCAGUAUCCACGCCGUCUGGAGCAAUCCUACCGAAACCGGAGCAGACGCCUUUCGGUCUUAUCCGCAUGACAGUAGUGGUGGUGCCCUUCCUUUAUGUGGGAACUCUGAUCAGCAAGAACUUUGCUGCUCUCUUGGAGGCCGACAUCUUUGUCCCUGAGGAUGACGAUGAUGACGAUUGAGCUCACUUUGGAAAAUAAAUGGUAAAGUCAAAGUGUACAUUAGUCACACCUUAUUUAAUGUUUACCCAUCACUUCUUGGACCUUCUGUGCACAAUCUUAGCCUGUGUAGAGGGUGUGUCAGCUGCAUGUUAAAGGGUGCAGGUUGUUGCAUGCUUGCAGUGAUGACAACUGGUAAACACAACUUUUUUUCUCUCUAAAAUUUACAUCCACAGGGUGCUUCACAUGUUGACUGAGAGCAUACCAGCUGGCACAUGGAAGAUUGGGAAGAUGGGGCACUUUGACUUCCAAAUACACCCCUCUACCUCCACCCAUCUCCUUCCUCUCUCCUGAUAUUUAUCUUGUUUUCACUUAAAGAUUAUAUCAGAAAUAUCAUAUCCUGUGAGGUAUCAAACUACUUUUUGCCUUCACUCUUGUUUGCAUGUUUGUGUAUCUACUCAAUAAACAGAGUCGAUUACAUGUGGACAACA